AGAAGCCACUCCAGAGUGUUUUGAAGCUAAUGGGAAUUCAGGCAUUAACCUAAUACCAUUUAAAGACUCAUCUUCGGCUUAAAAGUCGGACGUGAGCUUCGCCAACCACUGCACCUCUUCUCCAACAUGCCACAGCUUCGGAUUCGUGUGAGCAGAGCUUCCCUACCUCUUCCUCACAUGGCUAUCACGCUCCAGGUUCACAAAUCAGGCCAUCGCUGCUAGGAGCUGAGCCCCAACAUCACGACAUCUCCCUGUUCUUCCGUCGGCUCCUGUUCUGCCAACGAUUUGAAGAUGAGUUUAACACAAGAAGAAAAAGAUGAUGCCAUAUGGCCCGAUGAAAAAGAGACUUUAUUUUUUACUGUGCUAUAUGAACGGGUAAAAAAAGACCCUACUGGGAAUCCAACAUUUAAGUCCCGAGAUUGGAAUGAUAUGGAUAGUGAGAUGUUGGUCCGAGGCCAUUAUCAAUAUGGUAGUGACAGGCUACGGGGAAAGUACAAUAAGAUGAAGCUCAUACAUAGACAAUUUGGUCAGUUAUUGGCUCAUACUGGAGUUACAUAUGAUUCCAGUCGGAAUGUUGUUCAUGCCACAGAGGAAGUAUGGCAGAAAUUUAACAAGAUGAACAAGGGCUUUAGGACCCUUAAAAGGAAGGGUUGCAAGAACUAUCUGUUAAUGAAUCUUGUUUUUGGGAAAGGGAGUGCAAGUGGAGGACUUGCUACUCCUUCCACCCAAGUACCGACUCACUCGGAUGAGGAAAGAAGGAAUGAGGACAUAUUCUUACAUGGUGAGGGGGGCAUGAGCUCAGAGAGAUCACACUCAAAAGGGAAACGCAAAGCUGAGGAAGCGAUGGGAUCAAGCAAUAAGGACUGGAAAAGUGUUUUGGCUAAUGCGGUCCACACAUACACGACAACAAUGAGUGAAAAAGAGAAGAGACGUCGAUCUCGAGAUGAAGAUGUUAGUACCACAUCUACAGGUGCAGCGGGAAAUUUUUCUAUGACUCGAUGCGUUGAAGUCAUAAAUGCCAUGCCGAAUGUGUCAACCCGUGCUUAUAAUGAUUCCAUUGAUGCACUUACAGAUGUUGUCCGACGUGAGGCCUUUAUGGCUAUGCCCGCAGACCGUCAAUUGGAUUGGGUUAUGAGAUUUGAUUCUAACUAGUUAAACUGUGUUUGGAUUUCGUAAUCCAUGUUAUAUGUUUUAUGUAUGUGCACUUGAACACUUUGGUAGAACAAUAUUUAUGUAUGUAAGUCUGCAAGUCCUUAGGGUCUAU